AGGGUGUAUUGUCAUGUACCAAGACCCAUAAACUCUUUGUAAUAAAAUCCUUUCAUCAGCUACACACACUUUAUUCAUUCAUUUCUUUCCCUUUUAUCUUCUUUCUCUCUCUUUUUUCCCUAUCUAAUAGGGUUUCCAUGUCCUUUUAGCUCAAAUUUCUCUCAUGAAUUCUUGUUUUGAAGAUACUUACAGUUUUUUGUUGGUGAUCAUCUUUGUGGGUUCUCUCUUUUUUGCUCUCUUUGGAGGGUUUUUUGGUGGAUUUUACCUCUCAGGGUUUUUUGAGCUGUACCUAUGUCUAAGGUCUUUGAAUUUACUGGUGAAAAUGAUUUUUGUCCUGGGGGGCCAAUAUACACUAACCCCAAGGAGCCGAGCCUCUUCUUGUCCCUUGGUCUUCCUGUGGACGUGUACUUUCCUUCACGCAAGAGGUCUCGCAUCAGUGCUCCAUUUGUCUUUUCUGAGGAGAGAUUUGAGCAGAAGAAGCAAGCUUCUAUUGAAGUUUUGCCAGAUGAAUGCCUCUUCGAAAUCUUCAGACGUUUGCCCGGGGGUGAAGAGAGAAGUGCCUGUGCCUGUGUUUCAAAGCGUUGGCUUAUUCUUCUAAGCAGUAUAUGUAGGGAUGAACUUUGCAGCCAGAAUAGAUCAGCUGUAAAGAACACUGAGGGGAAAAGCAAGAUUGAGGAUGAGGAAAUUGAAGGUGAUGGAUGCUUGUCCAGGAGCUUGGAGGGGAAAAAGGCCACAGAUAUUAGACUUGCUGCUAUUGCUGUUGGAACUGCUAAUUGUGGAGGAUUGGGCAAGCUUUUUAUCCGUGGAAGCAAUUCUAGUCGAGGAGUGACAAAGGUUGGCCUCAGAGCUAUUGCCCGUGGAUGCCCUUUUCUGAAGGUUCUUUCCCUGUGGAAUUUGCCUUCUGUCGGGGAUGAAGGUUUAUCAGAGAUUGCUAAUGGCUGUCACAUGCUGGAGAAGCUAGAUCUUUCCCAAUGCCCCGCAAUUACUGACAAGGGUUUGCUUGCAAUUGCAAAAAACUGCAUCAAUCUGACCGAUCUAGUGUUAGAAUCUUGCUCAAACAUUGGCAAUGAAGGUCUGCAGGCUGUUGGCCAGUAUUGCACCAAUCUAAAGUCCAUUUCGAUCACAAACUGCCCAGGUGUUGGGGAUCAAGGAAUUGCAGCCCUCGUAUCUUCUGCCUCAAAUGUUUUGACAAAGCUGAAGCUCCAAUCACUGAACAUUACUGAUGUGUCCCUGGCUGUUGUUGGACACUAUGGCAAGGCAGUUACCGAUCUUGUUCUGACAAGCCUCCCAAAUGUCAGUGAGAGGGGCUUCUGGGUCAUGGGUAAUGGCCAAGGGUUGCAUAAGUUGAAGUCCUUGACAGUUACAUCCUGUCUGGGAGUGACAGAUAUUGGACUUGAAGCUGUGGGAAAGGGUUGCCCAAAUUUGAAACAGUUCUGCCUCCACAAAUGUGCUUUCUUAUCUGACAAUGGACUAGUCUCAUUUGCAAAAGCAGCAGAGACACUGGAGAGCCUGCAAUUAGAGGAGUGCCACAGGAUCACCCAGUUUGGGUUUUUUGGUUCCCUUUUGAACUGUGGUGCAAGUCUGAAGGCUAUUUCUUUGGUGAACUGCUUCGGGAUUAGGGACCUAAAGCUGGAUUUGCCUGAGCUGUCUCCUUGCAAUUCCCUACGAUCAUUGUCUAUCCGCAACUGCCCUGGUUUUGGUGAUGGUAGCCUGGCGUUGUUGGGUAACUUGUGCCCACAACUGCGGAAUGUGGAAUUGAGCGGGCUUCAGGGAGUUACUGAUUCUGGGUUUCUCUCAGUACUUGAGAACUGUGAGGCUGGUCUGGUGAAGGUUAACCUUAGUGGGUGUAUCAAUUUGUCUGACAAAGUGGUGUCGGUGAUGACUGAGCAGCAUGGUUGGACUCUUGAGAUGUUGAAUCUUGAUGGAUGUAGGAGGAUAACUGAUGCAAGUUUGGUGGCAAUAGCAGAGAAUUGCUUCUUGCUAUAUGACCUUGAUGUCUCUAAGUGUGCAACCACCGAUUCUGGGAUUGCAGCCAUGGCUCGCUCAAAACAGCUCUGUCUGCAAGUCCUUUCUGUGUCAGGUUGCUCUAUGAUAUCAGACAAGAGCUUACCUGCCCUUGUAAAAUUGGGUCAGACCCUCUUGGGGUUGAAUCUCCAGCACUGCAAUGCUAUCAGCAGCAGCACUGUUGAUAUACUUGUGGAGAGGUUAUGGAGGUGUGAUAUUCUUUUGUAAGUGGGCAAAGGAUGAAACUUGUUCCAAGAUUAGGGCAGUGGAUGUAAAGUCCGGGGGUUCAAAGUAAGCAGGAAGCCUCAUAUAAUAGUCAGCUUUUGUGAGUAGCAGCAGCUUCGUUAGUUUUUUGGGUCCAUCUGCUAUGGGUCUUUCCAUUUCCACUUGUACUUGGGUUCCUUUUUCCUGGGAACGAGGCCAUUCUCUCUUUUUUUCUCAGGCUUCCAUUCACUGGAGAUCUGUUAGAAGUAUUUUAGCUCCCCUCCCAAUAUUGGAGUGCUACUUUCUUCACGGCCACCGUUCCCUGAGAAUACAGUUGCCAGGUUCUGGUUCUAGGUUUUCUUUUUUUGUUUCAGGGUGUUAUCACUUGGUGUUUUAAGUUCAGCGCCAUGACAUUCACGCUUGGCUGAAGCUUUUCGUGAAGUACCAGUGUCAAUUCUGUCCAUUAUCAGGUUUUCAGUCCAUUUGUUUUUGUAAUCAUGUUUUUGAACAUGGUGGUUGGGUCGCUGUUUUCCUCAAAGGGUAGGUUACUACUACUAGUCAGUCGUUACGGUUGCUUUUGGCAGUUCAACUUUUCGGUCUGUUUGGUGAGGUUUUUGGCCGUGGCAACAAGUUAUACAGUCUGCCAUGAUAACCUCCUCUUUCCAGAGGGGGUUUUUUUUUUCCAAGCCCUUGUUUUUUACAGGCUCCAUUUCUUCACGAACUGUAUCAUGCAACCUUUUUAUCAUGUAAUGAAAUAGGCAUCUACCCUUUGUGAUGUAUGUUUUUAUCUUAACGGAAUGCUUAUAAAUAAGCCUGUGUAUUUCUUUAUUAUAA